AUGACAACCAUCUCUCACCGUCUCGCCCGCCUUGUCGGCCCCAGCCUCGUCGCCAUCUCCCUCACCGAAGCCUUAAAUGCACACAUCUGGGCCACCAACACUCCUCCCACGAUUUUCCUCAACGGGUCUGUCAUAUUCGUCUCUGGCCUGGCGAUCGUCCAAGCUCACAAUACCUGGUGUCGAGGUUGGCCAGUUCUAAUUACCCUGGUUGGUUGGGGGAAUGUGGCGCUUGGUCUGAUGCGUAUGGCUAUCCCGGAGCGGCUGUUGGACAGUGUCAGAAGAGCAGAUGUGCGGGAUAUCAGAAUGGCUACUGCUGUAACUGCCGCAAUGGGAGGCUUCUUGACUUGGAUGGGUUAUUUUUCAACAUAG